GUAGCGGCCAAAAGCCAGGGACACAUAGGAGGCCACAGCUGGCCUGGACAGAUAAAAUAUGCUUGUUAUGUGGUGUGAUCAUUUGACUUUAAGUCAGGACAAACACUAGUACUAGGGGUGUCACAAUUCAAUUUGACUUUUGAUUUUAAGGUCACAAUUUGAGUAAAUUUUUGGUUAAAGCAUUUUUCAACAGGGACGGCCUUUUUUUAGCAGCACAAUUGAGUGCACCAUUAGUUUAACGACAUGUAGCUGAAAGCAACAUGACUGUUGUAGGAGCCCACAUGCUUUACCUUCGUUGUUUGCUUACAUAACUCACUAAAGGGAAGGCAAAAUGUUUCCAUACGGUGACUUCAGGGAAGCAGGAGGAUUUUCAGAAUUUUCUCCGUUAUCUCCGACUCCAGCAGUGGUCAUGGAAAUGUCUGGAAAGGUCAUGUCUGGAAAAGUCAAGCUACAGGCUACCGACGUCCAGCUGUCUGUGGUAAACAUCCCUCUGUCUUCACCCUGCUCGCUGUUGUAUUCUUCACAUACUGGAGGACAAGCCAAUCUAUCUGGGAUUCCCCGUCCCUGUCAUCCUGUCACUAUCGUGCUUGUCCUUAUAAAAAAGAUCCAUAUGAAUGUGGUUAAUUAACUGAGAGGCUUUAAUGAGUUUUGAUUGGGGGGGGGUUGAUGAGCAGGAAUCACCAGAAUAAAACUGGCUGCAUCAUUUAACAGGGGACCAACAAAGAGCGGUUACAGUGCCGUCUAAAUGGGGGAGUUCAGGGGUUUGAAAAAAUAAAUAAAAGAUUUUAGCAUCGCAUAUGUUUCUAAAUGUAUUUUAAAUCGAUACUGACAAAAACAAACUCAAAAUCAAACAGCCACUGAGGCACCGAAGGAAUGAAUCUUUGGCAGAGAUAAAAAAAAAAAACAUUGUCCAGGCAAAGAUGGCAUUUUGUGAGGUUUAUUUUCCCAGUUUUUGGGAAAACAAACAUUUUUACAAAGGAACAAUGGCAUCUCUAGGCCCUGUCUAGUGAAAAAAACAUCAGCCCUUCCUGGUGUCUAACUCCUACAUUUCUGCACACCCAUAUAUUGUAUGUAGACUUCACCUGCUGGCUCAGGCUGCGUGGUACUUUCAAAAUAAAAGCACUAACAGAUACUUAAAGUAACCCAAGUAGACACUAAUGACAUAAUCAAACUUAUGUGGCUGUAUAAUAACAAAACAGAAACAAUAAAUAAGUAAGUAUUUACCUAUUUAAAUAUAAUAAAACAAUGAAUAACUCCAACAGUGACAUAAGAGAAAACAGUGCUAUAAACACUUUAGUCACAUCCUUUGUCACUGACAUUGUUGGGCUACUAACUUGUAAUUAUAUCUGGCACUAUAUCAUGGUGGAGGUUUUUACCUUUUAAAAAGACAUCCCCAGUAAAACUAAAAGGGAUGUCUCCUCCAGACCGAGAGAGGGUGUGCAUGAGUGUAUUUUAGGUCCGUCCCACUGCAAUUACCUCCCUCUUUGACCAGAGCGAGGUGUUGCAGCGAGCAGCCAGAUGUCUGGAUGUGACUAUCAGCGGAGGAAAUUUUUUAGAGCUGGUGACCACACAGGUGGAAAGAACGCUCUACAUAAACGAUAAAUACAGUGGAGACCGGGGGGCUGUGGAUGCAGAUAACGGCACGACGCGACACCCAUCAUUGUGAUUUACAGUCCAGUCGGCGUUGGUGGUGUUGAUGGCUGAUUAAUAACCAGUCGUAAAGAAGUGGGGGGGGAUUGUGUGUUGCAGGAGGACAAGAGUGAAGGCACUGAUAGAGGAAGGAAGAGAGAGGAGGAGUGUGUUGAAGAGAGAGAGGGGAGUAGAUAAAGCUAGAGCCGGGAUCAUGAGCUCUGCACUGCCUUACGACUCGCUGUCUGCUCGGCCGAGUCCCAGCCGACAAGUUUUGGACUGGGAACGCCAGCAGCUGGCUGUGCGAAGACUUUCCUCUCCACGGGGUCUCGACCUGCUCUCUCCACCUCCUCUUCCUGGUCGACCCUCUGCAAUCCCUGGCUACCUGCUGCCACCCAACCAAGAGCAGGAAGAGCAGUUCCACCAGCAGCAGCAGCGACUAUCCUUGUCCGUGGGUUCAGAGGCCUCCCUGGCACCCCCUGCACCACCACCUGUGGGCGCUGCCCCACCCUGCUGCCGCCCAGUUGGAAUCAUGCACCUCCUGCGCCUGGGUCUCCUGGCCUUCAGCUGCCUCUUCUGGGCAGCUGGUUUGGCCAUCUUAAGCCUGGGUGUGUGGGCACAGAUUUCACUGGCAGACUACAUGUUGCUGUCUGCCAAUCGCUACCCCAACGCCCCGCUCAUCCUUUUGUCCACAGGUGCAGCCAUCACCGCCUGGGGCUUCCUGGGUUGUCUAGGGGUGGCUGCAAAUCUUCCCUGCGUGCUCAGGGCUUACGGGUUUUUUCAACUUGCUGCACUAAUAGCCGGCUUGGCAGCUGGACUCUCAGGUCUCUUCUAUCGCGAAGACAUUGCCGGAGGAUUUCGCAGCGGUUUACAGCGAGCGGUGGCCGGCUACACGGAGGAUGAGGGCCGUGCCGAUGCAUUAGACAGCCUGCAGAGGUCCCUGGAGUGUUGUGGAGCUGAUGGUUGGCGUGACUGGCUCACUUCGGACUGGGCUAUCCAGCAUAUGACCUUCCUGCCCAACGAGAACGGCACUUCUGUGUCCCUGCCAGACAGCUGCUGCGUGAAGCGCAAGGGCUGCAAGAAUCAACCUCUUCUGUCGGAUGAUGUUGAAGGAGUAGCUGCUGCAGGAAUCCAUCCCCAUGGCUGCUUCCGCAAAGUCUUUAGUUUGGUCAACGACAACGUAUUCCACAUUGCCGCCACAGUGUUAGGAUUGGCCUUCACUCAAAUCGGAGGCAUCGCCCUGGCUUGUCUGCUGGCCAAGAAACUGGCACCAAGACAACAUCGACGUGUGGUGGCACAUUAAUGGUCAUUUAAAAAAAUUAGGCAACCCACGUCAAGGAAUGACCAAUUAGUAGAUAAUUAGGAUUGGGAAUGAACUAGU